AUGAUUCUCCUUCCCCCACGUCGAGUUCUGAUUGUUGUCGCCCUUGCAGGCACAGCAUUGCUCCUGUUAUAUCAACUACAUGACCGCGCUACAGCGCUGCUACCGCAGUCAAGCCCUACGAGUGCAAGUCCGCAACAAACCACGUCCCCUAACGAGAAGCCCAGUGUAUCAGCACCCACCUCGUUCUGGAAAACCCGACAAACGCAUUACCCGCUUCAACGCCUAAAUCCUGUCCCUACGGGGAAGCCAAAGCUGCUACCGUUGGUGCAGCAUCAAUUUACGCCUGAGUCUGUGCAGGAUGCGGAGGUGCGGUUGAGCCGACAGCAACAGGUCAAAGAGGCGUUCAAAAGGUGUUGGACUUCAUAUCAUGAGAAGGCUUGGAUGCGCGACGAAUUGUCGCCAAUAUCUGGCGGUGGCCGUGACACGUUUGGUGGUUGGGCUGCGUCUCUAGUGGACGCCCUUGAUACUCUCUGGAUCAUGGAAUUAAAGGAUGAUUUCAACGAAGCUGCUGUAGCUGCCGUCGAUAUCGACUUCUCGACUUCUACAGACGAGACGAUCAACAUCUUCGAGACCACGAUCCGCUAUCUCGGGGGCUUUUUGGCUGCUUAUGACCUUAGUGGCGAGACACAAUUGUUGACCAAAGCCGUUGAAGUCGGGGAGAUGCUGCUUGUUGCCUUCGAUACUCCUAAUCACAUGCCGAUCACCCGGUGGGACUGGAAGAAGGCUGCCGCUGGCGUCGAGAAACAAGUCCCGCCUGAUUUUAUGCUCGUCUCCGAACUUGGUUCACUGUCAGUGGAGUUUACCCGUCUUAGCCAACUCACCGGCGACCAGAGAUGGUACGAUGCCAUCGAUAGAAUCACAACAGUCUUUGAUCAGCAGCAAGCCAAGACAAAGAUUCCGGGGCUCUGGCCUGUCGUUGUCAAUCCACAAAAGCAAGAUAUGACCUUUGAUGGGGGCUUUACUCUGGGCGGUAUGUCCGACUCGUUGUACGAGUACUUUGCCAAGGAAUACGCUCUUCUCGGAGGCCUGGUACCUACGUACCAGAAGCUGUAUGAGCAGUCUAUGGCUGCCUCGAUCGAGCACCUGUUGUUCCGGCCAACAACUCCAACAGGUGCAGAUAUCCUAUUCGGCGGCGACGCUCGAGUAGAUGACAACGGCAUUGUGCAAGAGCCAAGAGGCCAACAUCUGACCUGCUUUGCAGGCGGUAUGUUUGCCUUGGGUGGCCGCCUCUUCUCCAAUUCCGAGCAUGUCGAGAUCGGUAGAAAACUCACGGACGGGUGUAUAUGGGCUUACGAAAACAUGCCCAGGGGCGUCAUGCCUGAAAUCGUACACUUCUUGCCGUGCCCUUCGAGGGCUUACUGUGCCUGGGAUCCCGCGAGGUAUGACGCUGCUGUCCUCGAGCGUGCCGGCUCCACAUCAGUAAAUAGCAACAUCGAGGACAUCAUCGUUCAGAAGCGGCUUCCUCCAGGCUUUACCGACAUCGAUGAUCGUCGCUACAUUCUCCGACCUGAAGCGAUUGAAAGCGUCUUUAUCAUGUAUCGCAUUACUGGUGACAGAACGUACCAGGAGAAGGCGUGGCAAAUGUUUCAGUCGAUUCAGAACAUCACUACGACUGAAUUCGCCAAUGCUGCGGUCUCUGAUGUUACUGCCACUGGUAUUGACGGCUUGCCUCCCAAGGAUAAUCGAAUGGAGAGCUUCUGGCUAGCCGAGACGCUAAAAUAUUUCUAUCUGAUCUUCAGCGAACCGAACUUGAUUAGUCUAGACGAAUAUGUUUUUAACACGGAGGCGCACCCACUACGACGUCCGAGCUGA